UGUCCAUAGAGUUUUACGUGCGGUUUAUUUGAUAUCGUGUUCGUUAAUCGUCGCUUUCGACUGAAUUGUUGCCGCUUUAGCUUUGUCUCUGCUAAUGCAGUUAGCAAAACAGAGUUGUUGGGUCGACGUAACCGGUUUUCUGAGGUUAGUUUUAGGUUGUUUUUAUUCUCGUGUCCCCUCGUCAGUGUUAGUUAAAAUACUAAGAUUAAAAACGUGAUUUGUUUGUGGUGGCUCGAGGACAUGAGAGUGGACUUGUGUUGGUAACCAGGGGGCGCUACAGGAGGCCAUGGAUGGUAGCCCGUGCUCGUCGGAACCGGACAGUCCCGGAGUUCUGAACCGAGGGUGUCUGCUCGACCCGGCAGAGCUCCUCUACCGAGACCUGUCAAUCAUCGUCCCAGAAACGCCCAGUCCACAGCUCGGCAAGCGUAGAAGACGUGGACGAGUCCCAGAUGAACAUCUCAGCUCCGCUGCGGCGGACAGAGCGUCUGCAGAACAACCAGGACUCGCCUCCAGCAGUGACCGAUGUUUCUCCAAACGCCGGCGGCUGGCAACAUCGUUUGGAGAUCCGAGUGUCGGCUUUGUGCCGGCUUCAUCUCUGAGGUCGUUUCCUCUCAACAGUUGGCUGGAAUCCCCGCUAUCAACUGCAUCCUGUUUCUCCUCGUCAUCCUCGUCACUGUCCUCCUCCUCGUCCCCCUCGUCCUCCUUGUCCUUCCUCACUCCAGUAUCGGAGAAAGAUGUCGAAGCGGUGGCUCUGACCGCGGCGGGCUCCACAUCACACGUCACUCCCACCUGUCUCGGCCAGGUGAGGAGGAGAGGGAGGAAAAGGCAAAGUCCGACAGCAGCUUUGGCUUCAUCAUCAUCAUCACCACCAUCAUCAUCAUCACCAGCAGCAGCAGCAGCAGCAGCAGCAGCCGCCACUGACGGUAACUCACUGUCCUUCCUGACAGCAGAGGAGAGGAGAUGGCUGAACUGUGAACAAGGAAACACCUCAACAGCAGCAGCAGCAGCAGCAGCGGCGGAGGAGAUCGUCAUCAGUGAUGAUGAGGAGGCCGUGGUGCGGGCGGUGCAGGUGGAGGAGGACGAGGCGUUGGCUCGCAGUCUGCAGGCUCAGUUUGACCAGGAGACGCACGACAGACACCAGCACCAUCAUCUUCACCAGCACAGUCGCCACAUGUACUAUCCCCACAUGGCGUCCAGCUGGAUGUCCUGUGUCCUGGCUGCAGUGUCUCCUGCAGCUGCCUUUGAAGACGAUGUGAUUGGUCAACACAGGCGACGUGGGCGGGCCAGAGGGAGGAAUGCCACGCCCCACUUGUCUGAAAGCCUCCAGGGAAAUGAUUAUGAGGCUCUGCUGGCGUUUGAGGAGCGACAAGGUUCCGUCGCGUCCAGGAAGUUGAGUCGCAGGGAAAUCCAGAGGUUUCCCACCAAAAGCUUUGAGGGGGCGAGCGGGGGCGGGAACACGCAGUGUCAGAUCUGUUUCUGCGACUACACUGAUGGAGAGAAGCUGAGGAUUCUGCCCUGUUUCCAUGACUACCACGUGAAGUGUAUUGACCGGUGGCUAAAGGACAACAACACCUGUCCCAUCUGCAGAGCGAACCUGGCUGACGGUGACACACUCGCCCCCCCGCUGACCUCAUGACCUCUUCCUGCCAGUAUUGUUUUUCACCUGGUCGACGACGAUUCAAACCCAUUUUAAAUGUUUCUUUUUUUGAUCCUUUUAUUGACACGUUCAACUCUACAGGAAUAAAACCGUGAAACCUCGAAGCUGCUGCUGAAUUUGUUCUUGCCCCGUUUAGAUUUGAUUUGAAUAAAGAUGUUUCUCCUCCUCGGA